GAUCGCCGGUGUGAUCGCUGGACGCUGUUCUCUUGGGCUGGGAGGGACUCGAGGGAGAGAAGAGAGUGAGAGAGGAAGACACACAGUCAGUGUGCCGGAGGCAGAGAGACUUCAGGGACGGACACGGACACUCAGGAACAGGCUGUGACAGUCAUUGGGAGGGGAACAGCCUGUCUGCAACAAUAUGAAUCGGUUCAAGCCAUCUAAAUUCAAGAACUGCAUCCCGAAGAUCCCCAAAAAGGAGGGAUGGAUCGGGGACAUCGGAGGUGCAUCCUCUGCGACCAGUGGGAACAACAUCAAGUGUGGACACCGUCGUAUAAUCUAUAACACUGACAGUCCUGGGGUGCUGGGGAUCACUUCACUCCAGGUGGAGCAAGACAAGAAAACACCGUCUCGCCUGCACUGCCACUCAGAUGUGGUGACAGACUUUGCCUUUUCACCUUUCGAUGACAAUCUCCUGGUCACAGGAUCUGCUGACCAAACAAUCAAGCUGUGGCAGUUGACUGAAUCUGGAGAUGCGGCUGAUCCCAAGGGGACAAUGUCAUCGACAGGGGGACAAGUGAAGGCUUUGCAGUUUCACCCCUCAGCUGACAACCUACUGGUCUCUGCAGCUGGAAAAUCUGCUCAGAUCUGGGAUCUCUCCAGAGAAAUGUCCCUCGCAGCGCUGGAUAAUCACAGUGACCUUGUGCAGAGCAUUUGCUGGAGUCAGGAUGGUGUACUGAUAGGAACCACAUCCAAGGACAAGAGACUGAGAAUCUUUGAUGUUCGUAAGAGCACAGGAGCCAGCCAGGAUGCCCAGGGGCAUGACAACAAUAAAGACUCUCGAGUGCUGUGGACAAAUUCCAACAACCAUCUGGUAACAUCUGGAUUUAACCAGGUCAGAGAGAGAGAGUUGCUGCUGUGGGAUCUUCGUAGUUUCAGCCGACCUGUGACUUCUUUCUCACUGGAUGCCUCCUCAGGGCUUCUUAUCCCUCUCUAUGACGUAGAUACGGGACUAAUCAUCCUUGCUGCUCAGGGUGAAAGCACAAUGUACUGCAUGGAGGUCAAUACUGAAGCGCCGUCUCUAGCGCAGCUCUCUCAGUGUGUCACAGAACAGAAGACCCGUGGAUUGGCUCUGGUCCCCAAGCUCUGCCUUGAUGUGAUGAGCUGUGAGCUUCUUCGCAUCCUUCAGCUGACCGACAGGUUCAUCAUUCCUAUCAGUUAUAGCAUUCCACGCAAGGCAGUACAGGAACUCCCACUUGACCUUUUUCCUGACACGACUGGAGGCACAGCGGCGCACACUGCCCAGAGCUGGUGGUCAGGAGUCAAUCAGCAGGUGGAAAAGGUCUCCUUAGACCCAUCCCAGAGAUCAGCCAAUUCCUCUCUUGCAAAAAAGGAGAAAAAGACUGGUCACCCUGAGCAGAGACUGGCAUCCCCCGAGCAAAGUGAAGGGAGUGCUCUCUCCUCUCCCUCCAGCUCCGUCACCUCUCCCUCCAGUGGGAUUGUUUCCAGCACCAGUCAACGCUCUCUGCAAAGCAUUCUGGGUCCAAGUUCACGGUUCCGUCAUACUCAGGGCAUUGUCCUCCAUCGUGACAAUCACAUCACCAACCUGAAAGGAGUGAGCCAGAGCACACCAGGAGAGAGUGACGGUUUCUGUGCGAACCACCAGCGAGUGGCUGUGCCUUUGGCUGGACCAGGGGGCCAGAUAGCGGUGCUGGAGCUGUCACAGCCAGGACGUUUACCAGACUCCCUGCCGACUAUUGAGAACACAGUGCCCGUCACAGACCUUACAUGGGACCCUUUCAAUCCUCAGCGACUAGUCACAGGUGGAGAGGACGGAAGGAUUAAAGUUUGGAUGAUUCCACAGGGUGGGCUUAAGGAGACCUUCAGUGAUCCUCACUCAGUUCUUAUUGGCCACAAUGAGCGGAUCUACACGGUGCGAUUCCAUCCAUGCGCCUCCGAUAUCCUUGUCUCUUCUUCUUAUGACAUGACAGUGAGAGUGUGGAACCUGCUGGCCGGGAAAAAUGUGCUGACUUUACAAGGCCAUGAAGAUCAGAUCUUCUCCCUUGCCUGGAGCCCAGAUGGAAAAUAUUUAGCUACUUGCUGCAAAGAUCAGCGUAUUCGUAUAUACGAGCCUCGGGUUUCCAACCGGCCGAAGCAGGAGGGUGCUGGGCCAGAAGGUGCCAGAGGGGCACGAAUCCUCUGGGUGUGCGGUGGUAAAUAUCUUCUCGUGUCAGGAUUUGACAGCCAAAGUGAACGCCAGCUGACUUUGCAUUGUACAGAAAAGCUGUCGCAGGGUCCUAUCACCUCCAUCAGUCUGGAUGUGUCCCCUUCUACUCUUAUCCCGCACUAUGACCCCGACAUCGGCCUGCUGAUACUCACUGGGAAGGGUGACACCAGAUCGUUCAUGUAUGAGGUGACGGCAGAAAGCCCCUACUUCCUGGAAUGUAACAAUUUUGUGAUCAGUGACCCACACAAGGGUUUACAGUAUUUGCGGAAAACAGACUGCGCUGUGCGUGAGGUGGAGGUUCUGCGUGCUUUGCGUCUUUGUGCUAGCUCACUUGAACCUGUAGCUUUCCGCGUUCCACGUGUUAAGAAAGACUUCUUCCAGGAUGAUGUGUUCCCCCCUACCCGUGUGACUUGGGAACCAGCACUGUCUGCAGCAGAGUGGCUCAGCGGGAAAGACAAGCGGCAGCGUACCAUUAAUCUGUGUCCUGCAAAUAUGACUCCAGUCAGCCAGGCUCCUAAAGAAGCCCCAAGCAAGAAGUUUGUCCCCUCUUCUGUCUAUCUCCAGGAGAAGUCUGAUGAGCAGAAGAAGGAGGAGCUACUGAAUGCGAUGGUGGCAAAACUAGGCAACCGGGAUGAUCCACUGCCCCAGGACGCCUUUGAAGGAGUAGAUGAGGAUGAAUGGGAUUAGCGGCGACCCCUGAUGCUCCCAGCUGCCUGUUCACCUCUCCCCCCCUCUCCCGUGUAACUGGAAAUGGCUCGGAAGGCGGUUCAGCGAAUACAUUCCAAUCCCAGGGAAAAAUAAACUCAGGCCAAUUGUUUACACACUUCCAGCAUUCCUGGCCAGUCACAAACCGGACCUACAUUCUACACAAGAGCUGUGCACUGUGCGCCAAGUACACAGACUCCAUGAAAAGCCGGUCAUCUGACCUGUGAGAUCAUUGUUCAGUGUUUGCCUAUCAUGUACAAGAACGCGCUCCACUUGUGAUAUUACAAGCACAGAUGUCACCCCCCCCCCUUCUUUCCCCAUUACUCUAACCGUUUACAAACGCAGACAUCUCUAUUCCUUUCCUUGCUGCAUGACAUAUUCAGUUAAUGGCCCAGACUAGAUGCUUAACUGGUUCAGUCCACCCAAAACUGAUACUGGCUCAGCCACCAGUUUCUUAUAUGAUGGGAUCCUGCCAUCAAGAUCAGAAUUUUUCAGUGUUGUCUAUUGGAGAGCU